UUUCCUCUUUCCCUUUAUAAAUUCAAGUCCUUCAAUUCACAGCUACUCAUCUAGCUGCACUCUCAACUUUUGUAGCUUAAUUUCCUUUACUUUACUCACUUCAUCUGUCCAUCCAUGUCAACCCCAACUAUUGGUCUUCAAUCUCUCCCUUGGGAGUAUGAUGUAUUCUUGAGUUUCCGAGGCGUGGACACUCGCAAAACCUUCACCGGUCAUCUUUAUUCUGCAUUGCAUCAUGCCAAAAUUCGCACAUUCAUAGACGAUGAGGAACUCAAAAAGGGAGAAUAUCUCGCGCCUGAAUUCACCAGAGCAAUCCAAAGUUCGAGAAUCUCUAUGAUAAUCUUGUCAAAAAAUUAUCCCUCAUCUAAGUGGUGCCUUGAGGAGCUGGUGCAAAUCCUUGAGUGCAAGGAGAAGGGAAAACAGUUAGUUUUUCCUAUUUUUUAUGGCGUUGAUCCUUCUGAAGUGCGCAAUCAACGUGAGGUCUAUGGGAUGGCCUUGACAGAGCAUGAAAAAAAAAUUGAAGGAAAUAAGAUACAGAAAUGGAAAGAUGCUCUCACUAAAGUUGGAAACAUGUCGGGUUGGCAUUUGCAAGGAAUCGCCAGUGAGUGUGAAUCAAAAUUCAUUGAUGAAAUUAUCAACAAAGUCAAAUCGGUAGUAAAGCGAGUACCCAUGUAUGUUUCCAAUUAUGUGGUUGGACUUGAAUCUCAAGUUGAGCACGUGGUCCGUUCCAUGUGGGGGGAGGAGGACAAUAGUGUUCGCAUGAUUGGAAUAUAUGGGGUAGAUGGUAUGGGAAAGACUACUCUUGUCCAAGUUCUCUAUAACAAAUUUUUUGGGUAUUUUGAGAGGAUUUGCUUUCUUGAGAUAAGUUCAGAAGUUUCCGCGAUAAGAAUUUUACAAGAAAGGUUUCUUAGAAAACUUCUUAACAGGGACAUUAAUGUUGACAGUGUGGGUGAAGGUAUGAUGACUAUAAAAAAUUGGCUUCAAACAAAAAAGUGUCUCAUUGUUCUUGAUAAUCUAGAGGACAUAGACCAAUUUAAGGCACUAUGUGGAGAACGAGAUUGGUUUGGUGCCGGAAGUAGAAUUAUUUUAACAACCCGAGAUGCACAGUUGUUGAAUGAAUUGGAAAAAGGUGAACAAUAUGAAAUCAAGGCAUUGGAUCGUGGGCAGUCCUUGCAGCUCUUUAGUCAUCAUGCAUUUAAAUGGUGUUUUUUACUAAAAGAAGAUUAUACUGAGAUUUUAGAUGACAUGGUGGCUUAUUGUGAGGGAAUCCCAUUAGCUCUUGAAGUGAUAGGGGCUUCUUUGUAUAAUAAAUCAAAGGAGGAAUGGAUGGAUACUUUUGAGAAAUUGAAGAAAAUUCCUAAUAAGAAAGUUAUAACUAAACUCAAAAUUAGUUUUGAUGAACUUCCAGAUGAUAAUAUAAAAUCUCUCUUUCUUGAUCUUGUUUGUUUCUCCCGUGAAGUUUCCAUGGAGACAAUUGAUAGCUUGGGGUAUUUCUCUCACAAUGAAAUUCAAGGUUUGGUUGACAAAUGCUUGAUAAAACUUAUGGGAUGCCGGAUUAGUAUGCAUAGCUUAAUUCAAAAGAUGGGAAGAGAAAUUAUUUGUCUAGAAUCACCCAAAAAUCCAGGUGAACGUAGUAGAUUGUGGUGUUCUAAUGAUAUUCAUGAUGUGCUUAACGGACGACAUAAGGGUACGGAAAAGAUUGAAAUGAUUGUAUUAAACUCUUCACGGGAAAAUAGAGAGUACAAAUACAAUACAAAAGCAUUUAAGGACAUGAAGAAUUUAAGAUUUCUUCAAAUUGAUGGAAUCCACUUGGAAGGAAACUUUAAACAUCUACCACGCAAGACACUUAUAUGCUUGCAAUGGAAUCAAUGUCCUUUGAAAUAUAUUCCAUCCGGUUAUUUGUUUGAGAAGCUCGUGAAGCUGGAAAUGCAAUGGAGCAACAUAAAAGAAUUUGGAGCCCCACUAAAGUAUUUUCCAUGUCUUGAGUCUUUGGAUCUUGGAGGGUGUAAAUAUCUCACGAGGACUCCAAACUUUAGCGGUGCUAAAAAUCUUCGUAAGCUAUCAUUUAUGGAAUGCUCAAGUUUGGAGAAGGUGCACUCUUCUAUUGGAGACCUGAGGAUGCUAGUUGAAUUAGAUUUGAGUUAUUGUGAAAGGCUGAAGAAACUUCCAAAGAAGUUUUGGCAUUGGCAGUUGAGAUCAGCAGAAGAUCCAUCAUCAUCAGUGUGUUAUUCCUCAAAAAUAAAAGAAUUGGGUGAAAAUUCGGGGAUGUUAACCUCACUUCGAAUUUUGAACUUACAUAGAACCAAUAUUCACAACCUGCCCGCCAACACUACCUCUCAUUUGUUAAAGCCUCCUAAAUCAAUCCCAAAUUUGUGGAGGAGUUUCUUCCAGAAUGACCACCUCAAACUAAUCCCACAAUUUCCUCCUAAUCUUAAGCAUAUUAGCUUAUACAAAUGCAAAAACUUGAAAGUAGUCUCAGCAACAUUUCCUACUUGCCUUGAGCGGAUUUUUUUAUAUGGCUGCACAAACCUAAAAAUGCUGCUUGAACUUCCUCAAAAUCUCCAAUCUCUUUCUGCUAUCAAUUGUGAGUCGCUGGAAACAGUAUACUUACCAAAGAUGUUGAAAUAUGUGAAUCUCACCCAUUGCAAAAAAUUAAAGGAGAUUCAAGGCUGGGAGAAUGCUCAAUUUUUAACUGGAAUCGAAUUAAGAGGUGUUCCCAAUAUCAAGUUAUCAGAAAUCAUAAAUAAGGUUUUAAAAGUUUCCAAGUUGAAUUCCAAUAUUGAAUUUGAAGGAUAUCUUCCAAAUAAUGAAACUUUGAGUUGGAUUAAGUUUGAGGAAAAUGGAUCAUCAAUAUCUUUCCAAUGGCCGCCAUUAAUAUCUAAUUUGGAAUUCCUUGGAAUUUGCAUUUGGGUGGGACUACUGUGGCUCAACGCUAAAGAUUGUUAUAAAUACUACGGCACAAUUGAAAAGGAUGGCUUCACAGUCUGGAGUCGUAGUUGGUAUUCAUUACUAAUUGGAGUCCAAGUCGAAUUAUUAGAAGAAGGGGAAGAUGUUGUUUCAUUUGUAGAUUUCAUUCCACAGGAUUGCUUUAUAGAUAUAAAAGCUAGAGAAAUCUUUAAAGUUAUUCUAGAGGUGAGAGCCGUAGGAAAUGUUAAUAAAGGUUGGGUGAAGAAAAUAAGAGCAGAAGCAUUGUAUAGAGAUAGAGAAAAUGGCUUCCUACAAUUUGUACCCAUUACUAAACUUGAGUCGAACACAGAAGAAAGAAGAAAAUGACUUUUGAAGUCCGCCCAAAAA